CAACGGCUCUGUCCAGCAGCAGUCUGCAGAACCAAACUGCCUGAGGGAGCAACAAUCACUUGACAUUUGCUCAGGUUGAAUGUUGGAUGUUUUACAGCAAGGCACAAGAGAAAUAUGCAGUAAACGCAAGAUUAACUGCUGAAUGACUCUCUGUAAAGGUCCAACUGACUAAAAAGCUCCAGUAAGUAGAUGAAGUUCUUGUUUUUCAAGCAGUAGCACCUUACGGCAGAACUCUGACUCAUUUUUAACUUCAUCAACGCAAGCUAAACGGACAGGCUGUGAGCACCUUCAACCGCUAAAGCUGUAAUUCUACAAUUUUUAAGAAGGUUUUAAAGAUGAUUUAUGUGGGUGGAUACGCAGGCAGCAGCUCUUUAGAAUAUUUCGACACAACCGCACAAACAUUACUGUUUAGUUUAAGCAAACAUUUACACACUUGCUUUCUCUUUCCCUCUCUCUUACUCUGGUACUUGCUCUGUGUAUGAGUUAUUCAACUUUUCCAGUAAUAGUUUUCAACCUUUCAAAACAACUCUAACCAUUAUCUUCCUGUGGAUGAUUUAUUGGUGUUUCAUGGAUGUUACGACAAAUGCUCUAGAGCCCAUGUAUCCUUACAUAACCAGCCUUUCUGGCGUCAUGUGAGUUCAAGCUGAAAUCAGAUAUUAAUUAUCCAUACACAAGAUCCUCUCUCUUUAAACAGGAUAUCCACCUGUCUUUCGGUUAACAUGAUGACAAAAGUUAGCCUCUAUAUGUCAUUUCCCAUCUAAUCAUCUCAGUCCCACAGAUGUAGUCCCCAAUAGGCCCAGUGGGGACUGAUUAAUAAAGAUGUUUGGGACCAUUUCUUCACCAUGGAAAUUCACUUUAAUUUUCAUCAAGCAUGACUUCAAAGGAAAGCAGCUUCCAUAUGCAAACAGUGUGCUAAUCCAGUGGAGCACCUUGACAGUGAGUAUUAGUCAAGUGUAACACGUGUCAUGAUAAAGUGUGAUUGAACGUUUUCUGCUGUGAGUUUCCUACUCCUGGACCCGAGCUGUAGAUUUAUUCCAAAAUACACAUGAAUUAUUCCUCAACCUCUCACAAAGAAUGGUGAACUUUGGCACAGUUACCUUAGUGGAUCAGAUUAGAUUAGAUACAAUUAGAUUUCACUUAUGCUAUGGCUUCAGUAGGUUUGCGGUUUGAAGUUUGAAGAAUAUCAUCCUUAAAACUGCCAUUCUUGCCCUCACAGCUUCUCCCCAGGCUGUUAAGACUCACCAGGUUUGUUUACUUAAGGAACUCUCCACUGACUAUUGCCCCAAGUCAUUAUUAUUUAGGCACUUCCUCCCUCAUUGGGACACACCCUUUCUUUCAGAAUUGAUAUAUCACGAAGGCACUGUGUCCCAAAUAAGUCAGACUCUUGCUGCUUGGACCAAACAAGGUGUUGCAAACAGUGGUUGGAGUGGACCGAAGUGAUCCAGCUCUGAGUGCUGGGUAGGAGACAAAGACUACAUACAGCACAUCCUCACCUGAGGGCAAUCGAGUUACGGUCUCCACAGGACCUUGAUAUUUGUCCACACUUAAACUAAGACAGAGGAACAGCUCAGGAGGAGAGGCAGACAGAGCUGAGAAGACACCUCAGCAUUGGAAACUCUACUGAAUCCACUUUUGUCAAACACUGACAAGUGUAAAACAAACCUGAGCAUGGGGAGUCCAGGCUGUGAACACAUGGGCUGCACGGCACACCUGCCUCUCUACAUCAGCCACUCCCAAACUGACACCAGGAUGGCCUGGCUGGACGAGGCAGAGGACAUCAAACCGCCUCGCAGCAUGUUGGGGCUGCCUGAGCUCAGCUGGCCGGGGGUCUACCUCCCCUGCUAUGACAGAUUAACUAUAGAUGAGAACCCCUUGGUGCUGAGGAUGACAGAGGCCGAAGCUCCUGCCGCUCCUCCCUACAGGACUCUGGAGCUGAGUCCAGCCAAGAUCAGCCAAGCCCAGGAUCCCCCCUCUGAGAUGGAGGGUCAGGUGGAGGAGCGGUGUCUGGAGCAGGUCCAGACCAUGGUGGUGGGAGAAGUGCUGAAGGAUGUUGACACGGCUUGCAAAUUGCUCAACAUUGCACCAGACCCCUUGGAUUGGAGCUCAGUGCACCUUCAGAAGUGGCUACUCUGGACCGAGCACCUGUACAGGCUGCCACAGGUCAGCACGAUGUUUCAGGAGCUGACCGGGAGGGAUCUGUGUUCCAUGACAGAAGCAGACUUCAGACAACGCUCCUCGCAGUUCGGAGACAUGCUGUAUGCUCAUCUGGAUAUCUGGAGAUCUGCUGCAUCAAUGAAGGAGCGCUGCCCACCAGAAGACAGCAAAUCUGCUGAUGAUGAUUCCUGGUCAGAUGAGAUGUGUAACUUCCCCAGCCAGCCCAUCCACCUGUGGCAGUUCCUCCGAGAGCUGCUCCUCAAGCCUCAUUACUACAGCCGCUGCAUCCGCUGGCUUAACCAAGAGAAAGGAAUUUUCAAAAUAGAAGACUCCGCUCACGUGGCCAGGCUAUGGGGCAUCAGGAAGAACCGCCCGGCUAUGAACUAUGACAAACUGAGUCGCUCUAUACGUCAGUACUACAAGAAAGGUAUAAUUCGAAAGCCUGAUGUAUCACGCAGACUGGUCUACCAGUUUGUCAACCCUGUAUGAUGAAGAGGAUUGGCUGAUCUGAAGAGAAUGAGCUGAGGAGGAACCAAAGAUAUGCUGGACAUACAGUAGAAGUAACAUGAACUCUGAAGCUCGUUCACUCAUUGUAUUUGAUGUUUGAUUUAAAUUGUAAAGACUGCCUAGUGAACUAUGCACUCCUGCCUAUCAUAAUAUCAAUCUACUUUAUUAUUCUUAACACUCGAUUUUAUUUUAUUUGUAUUUUAUUUGUUGUCUUUAGCACUCUUGCUUGAAAUACAUUUUUUUGGUGUGAUGUUUGGUUUCUCAAAAGGAAACAUAUUUCGUCUUCUAACAAUGGAAACAUUUAAAAGAAAUAAGAAAUUUGAAACAUUUGCUUUUUUGCCGAGAGUUAGAUAUAGUUAUAAAAUAGAUACCACUCUCAUAUCUGUACGAUAAAUAUGCAGCUGAAGCCAGCAGUCGGUUAGCUUAGCUUAGCAUAAAGACUGGAAACAGCUACCUUGGCUCUGUAUAUAUUUACCAUACAAACAUGUGAGUGGUGUCAGUGUUCUCAUCUAACUCUCGGCAAGAAAGCAAAUAUGCAUUAUUUCUUCAAAUUUUAAACUAUUCCUAAAAAUUUUCUUUUUUAACAAUGACACUUCUUGUCAUUCCCAUUCAAGUGUCGAGAAUAUUUAGAAGUUGCAGAGCAAUGCCAAAGUAAGUUAAUAUUUAUUUUAAACCUGUCUUGAUGGAUAAUCCUUUUUACAUUUCUGUCUUUGGGUUUAUGUACAGGAUCGACAAUGAAGCAAUAAAUUACGAAUGUUGUCUCCUUUAGAAGUAGAAACAAGGAAUAGUAUAAUAAAUCACUCAAAAUCACAUGUGCAGUCCAAACAAAAAACACACGGACACUCAUUAUUUUUUUCAACAAACUUGUUUCCCUUUCAAACCAAUAUCGCAAUAUUGACACCAUCACAACAAAUUUGAGUCUGGUUUUUCAUCACUAUCAUCAUUAUUAUCUGUGAUCAUAAUCAUCUUUAUGCAUAUUUAAAUGAACUUCUUGUUACAUCAAGAUGAACAGGCACUACACCAGUUAGGAGAUAAAAGUACAUCACUAACUAUGAACAUACAUCUUCUAGACCGCUAAUAUAGGGUUUAAACAACAUGAGCUGCUGUCCCCUGUGUGCAUAAGGAAGAGAUCAUCAACAUAAAAAAAGCAUUUACAUGUACACCUUUUUACUGCCUCAACAUGGUUAGGUCUCAUUUUCAACUCAACACAGUUGUACAGUUACAAUAGAAUAUAAUCUUUAAAUUACAUCAUCAUAUACAAAUCUGACAGCGUGGGAUAACAUCACGCUUGUAUGAUACACUGACAAUUCCAUUGCAAUGAAAUUCAUACGAUAUGGUACCUAUUUAAUAUGUUUUCCAUUGCUGUUAUUUUAAUGAAACACAUUUACAUGUAUAACACUACAUUUUGUCUUAAUAGUCAAUCACUUGCAUUUUUUUUUAAACAUUUUUUUCUGUUACAUUUACACAACUCAUACACACUGGAUGAUGAAGAUGUUUUCCCCCAAAAUAUUAACCUGGUAAUGUGGAUUAUGUGUUUGAACUUGCAUGUAUUGUGUAUAUCGUGUAUUAAAUGGAUGUGUGUUUGUAUGUGUGUGUGUGUGUGUGUGAGUGUGUGUGCAUACGCGCAUCAAGAAUGUGGGACAGAUGAUAGGAGUCCUUUUUGCUAUGCUGGACAGCUUUACUCUAAGACACAACUUGUGAGCUGGUGAUGUGUUUCUCCUCAUGUGUGAGACCCAAACCUGUCAAAUCCUGUUCCAGACACAGAGCUAAACACAUCUGACUGCUGUUGGUCCAGUGAAAUUUUAAAACUUCAGGACGACUAAGUUAUAAAAAAGCAUCUCUCCCAUCUAAUCAGAGAUUUAGGUGCAACUCGUAGCGAGAUAACUCACUAAUCAACAUCUGAUAAAUGCAAUUCCUGCUAUAAAUUUAAUUUCUAUGGAGCAAGUUAAAAA